AUGUUCCGCGGAACUUCAUUGAGUGGGUUCGGUUGGAAUUUUGAAACACAACUCAAUGAAGCGGACGAGGAAGUGUGGGCCAAACUAAUUAAUUCAAAUCCAGAUGCAAUUUCAUUGAAGACCAAAAAAAUUCCAAACUACAAUGAAAUGAUAGCUUUGUUUGCGAAAGAUAGGGCUUCAGGGGUAUAUGUUGAAACCCCGAAAAAGAAGAAUGCUCGAUUGAAAAGGAUUGGGGAUAUCAAAGUAGAAACAAUUGAAGAAGUUGAUCAGUUACUAGCAAGCAAUGGCAUAACACUUGAGAAACAACAAACAAAUAAUGAAGAUGAUGAUGAUGAUGAUGAUGGUCUUGAUGAUAUUCAAGUGUUAUCUCCUACAUGCUUUUCGCAGGUUAUUAUGAGUGCAGUUAAAGAUGUGGCUUCUGCUAUGAGGGAGGGUAACAAAAUCUUCGAAAACUCUCAUCAUCGGGUUUAUACAGGUGAUGAAAUUUAUAAAGAUUUAGAGCCAAUGGAUUUGGAACCCGAUGAAUUAGCAGAAGCUCUCAUGUUUUUGUUGCGAAAUCAAAGAUUGAUGUCGGGACAUUAUUUAGAGUUCCAUUUAAAACAUGAAAAAGUUUGCUGA